GCCCAUGGCCGAGAGCUCCCUCUACCGGCAGCGUCUGGAGGUCAUCGCAGAGAAGCGGCGGCUGCAGGAGGCGAUCGGCGCGGCGCGCAGGGAGCUGGAGGAGGAGAAGCUCCGCGUGCAGCGGCUCAAGAGAAAGUCUCUCCGGGAGCGCUGGCUCAUGGAUGGGGCGGCCGAAAAACCGGAGAAGCCCGAGGACCCCACGUCCAAGGACUCGCAGUCCCCCGAGGGCCAGGCUCAGGUUCGCAUCCGGAACCUGGAGGACAGCUUGUUCACACUCCAGUCCCAGCUGCAGCUGUUGCAAAGUGCAUCCACAGGUGCCCAGCACAAGACCUCGGGCAGGCCCGCCUGGCGCAGACAGGGCCACCGUCCUCUCUCCCAGCCCACCAUGGAGGCAAGUCCUGCAGGUCACACCGAUCUGGACAAGAGAGCAUCGCUGCCAGCAGAACCUAUGGGCAUGUCCCCCGAGUCCCCCUCUGAGCCGAGGGCAGAGGUCACUGGGGUUCCAGGGAUGGUGGGGGCCUCCUCAGAAGCCAAUGGCCCUUACCCUGGAUCCAGCCCCACUCUGGAGCAGCAGUUGAGCCUGGGGGCAGUGGCAGUAGAAGGUGACAUUACAGCCAAAGGAGGGGACGUGGUAAAGGUGGUGUGGGAGGGGCUGAGGGCCACUGAGGACUGUGUCAGGGAGGCCACAGGCCCAGAGCUGGAGGCCAAGGUGGAGGAGGUGGUGCUGGAAGCCAUUGGAGACGGGCAGGGGGCUGGCAGCCCGGAGUGCCCCAGCUGGGUGAGGGAGGACAGGGGUGUCGUGGAGGUGGUCUGGGAGGGACUGGGGGGCAGUGACGCAGAGGCCAUCAGGGACACUAUGCAGACCAGCUCCACAAGGCUCCAGGAGGGAUUAGAGGGGGAGGAUUCCAGAGACAGGGAAGGCGCCCCUAGGGGCAGCACUGGGGGUGCUGGGCAGGGGGACUCUGCAGGAGAGACAGGGUCCUUCAUUUGGGUGGAGAGAGUGACCCUCAGCGAGGACUGGGAGGAGCUGCUGAUGGAGGGCUUGGAAGGGCCGGUGGCUCCACUCGGGGCAGAGGUGGCCAGAGGUGAGGGGACAUGGGAGGAGGAGCAGAAAUGGGCAGAGGAGUCCGUGGCAGUAGAAGGGACAGGAACUGAGGCAGAGCCAGGGGCAGAGCGGGACAGGGUGGAUAUGCCACUGGAGGUGGCGAGGAAAGGGAGUGAGGUGGCACUGGAGCCAGAGCUGGUAGGAGGCAAGGAAAAAGAGUGGACAGAGAAGGAAGAUGGCGAGCAGCCAGCAGGAGUGGAUAGAAAAGAGGCCGAGGGGCCUUUGCAGGAGAAGGAAAGAGGCGAGGAACAGCUAGAAGCAGAGGAGAAGGAAGUGGAGACUUUGGGAGCAGAGCAAAAAGGGGGUGAGGGAAAGCCAGAGGCAGACGAAGAGCCCUUGGUGGUGGAGAGGGAAGGAAGUGAGGGAGCAUUGCACGGGGAGGAAAAAGGAGGUGAGGGACCGCUGGAUACAGAGAAGAGAGGCAGAGAGCCAUUGGACACAGAGAACAGAGGCGAGGAGCCCUUGGACAGUGGGAACAAGGGAGAUGAGCCACUGGAGAGAGUGGACAAAGGGGUGGAGCCACUGGACAGAGAGAACAAGGGAGGUGAAGAGUUACUGGACCAAGGGAAGAUCCAAGAGCUGUGUGCAGAAGGACAGAGGGAAUCAGAAGAAAGAAUGGAAUCCCAGGUUGAGGAGGUGAGCCAGACAGGGCCUCCCCUGGAGGUCCAGCAAGAGCCAAUGCCAGAGGAGCAAGGACUGCAACCCGGGGAGAAGCAGGAGGGCUCCCUGGAGGAGGAAGCAGCAAAGCCCCACACCCCUGAAGGUCUUCCCCGGGCUGCCACACCUCUCCUGGCAGAGACCCCAACUCCCGAGCAGCCUGCCGAAAGCCAGCCGCUGCUCCAGCAGGAGGGGCCCAGCGCCAACCGCAGUGGUCACCCCGCGCCCACCUACGCACCUGCCCAGCAGCCGGAGCCCGCCGCCCCCACCGAGGCUGGAGAGGGGAGCGGCCCCAAGCAAAAGACGUGCCAGUGUUGCGCGGUGAUGUGA